GCACGUGUUAGAGUUGGAAGCUCUGGCCAGACUGUGAAGAUGGCCGAGAUGGAGACCCAGACCGCUGGGGCUGAAGACGGCUUCACUCAAGUCAUCAGCAAGGGAGGCCGGCGGGCGAAGAAACGACAGGCAGCGCAACUGUCCGCAGCAGGGGAGAGCGGGGACGCGGGCCGCAUGGACACCGAGGAGGCCCGACCGGCGAAGAGGCCCGUCUUCCCGCCCCUCUCCGGGGACGGACUUCUGGGUGGAAAAGAAGAAACACGGAAAAUUCCAGUCCCAGCGAACAGAUACACACCAUUGAAAGAAAACUGGAUGAAGAUAUUUACUCCUAUUGUAGAACAUUUGGGACUUCAGAUACGCUUUAACUUGAAAUCAAGAAAUGUAGAAAUCAGGACUUGUAAAGAAACCAAAGAUGUUAGCGCUCUGACAAAAGCAGCUGAUUUUGUGAAAGCCUUUAUUCUUGGGUUUCAGGUAGAGGAUGCACUUGCCCUCAUCAGACUGGAUGACCUGUUCCUAGAGUCUUUUGAAAUUACAGAUGUUAAGCCUUUAAAGGGAGACCACCUGUCAAGGGCAAUAGGAAGAAUUGCUGGCAAAGGAGGAAAAACCAAAUUCACCAUAGAGAAUGUAACACGGACACGGAUAGUUUUGGCUGAUGUGAAAGUUCACAUCCUUGGCUCUUUUCAAAACAUCAAGAUGGCAAGAACUGCCAUUUGCAAUCUCAUCCUAGGAAAUCCUCCAUCGAAGGUUUAUGGCAAUAUUCGAGCUGUGGCUAGCAGAGCAGCAGAUCGGUUCUGAUUUCAAAUCAGAGACUUUUUAUCUUAUCUUUGGACUCUGAAGAAAAAGACCUUACACUCUGAAGGUGAUCAUAUGAAACCAUGUGAAAUAUUUUUCAAUCACUUUAAGCCUGGGUCCUUUCUCAGCAAGAAGUAUAAACAGAAAGCAAAGGUUUAAUAGUAUUCACACUGGACAGCUUUUAGAAUAAUUUAAAUGUCAAAAUCUAAUUCUAUAAUUAUACCUACAUGUUAGCUUUUUUUUUUUCCUUUUGAUGCUGGGAAUUGAACUGAGAGAUUCCUCAUGCAUAGUAGACAAACACUCUUCCACUAAGCUACACCCCUAGCCCUUUAUUAUUAUUAUUUAUUUUUUUUUAAUUUUGAGAUAGGAUCUACCUAAGUUGUCCAAGCUGGCCUCAGACUUACACUCCUCCUGCCUCAGAGUCUCACGUAGCUGUAAUUACAGAUCUGUGACCACAACUAGCAGUUUAUCAUGAUUUUUAUUUUGAAUCACAUAAAACAGAUUUGCAAUUUGGAAUUCUCUCAUCUAGAGGAAACUUCUUGCUUAAACAGUUCUCUAUGAAUUUUAAUUUUUUAUUUAUAAACAUUUCUGUAAAUUAUAAUUAAAAGAAUCAUUUCAGAUAACAUAUGAAUCAUGACCUUUCCUUAAUAUUGGUAUUAUGUGAAUACUUUAAAAUCGGGUCAUACGCAGCAAUUUUGACUAUACUAUAUGAACCAGUAAGUGCUAAUCUUUUAUACCAGUUCUGAAGUUUGUACAAUUAAAGACCUUCAUCACAA